UAACGCGUGUAGAUUUUUUCUGGCGUUUUAUCCGUGUGCUUCAUCCAAUACCGGAUUUGCAUGCUUUUUCAUCACAGACGCCACCAGCACACGUACACCUGGAAGAAUGUGUUGUGUAUAAAAGCCUACAACACGGUGUAUUACAGCGUCAUUCCGUUUUGUACCUUCCCGGGGCAGACCAGUCCAGUUCAAACAAUAUGCUCCACUUACUGUCGUUGGUGGUCUCUCUGGCCGUGGCAACAACUGGCCACACCUUCGAUACCGUUUACUCGUGGAAACAGGUCGAAUACAAACUGCCAAACGACAGCAUCCAAAACGAGUUUAUAGCUUCGGGCGAUUACGUUCCAGAGAAUAAUAUGCCACUGGGCCUGGCAGUUUGGCAUAAAAAAAUAUUUGUCACCGUGCCGCGGUGGAAGCGCGGAGUCUUGGCUACCGUGAACAGCUUCUCCAUGGACGAUAGCUCGCCCAGUCCAAUGUUAGACCCGUACCCCGAUUUCAAGACGAACAACAUCCAUACGCCCGAUGGUCUCGUGAGCAUCUUCCGUCUCAGAAUCGAUUCCUGCGAUCGCAUGUGGGGCCUCGACACGGGAGUGGACGAUAUUCUGGGAGACUCGAAGGUCGUGCGACCGAUGAGGCUCAUCGUGAUCGACUUGAAAACAGACGAGAUUAUCCGUAAAUACACCCUGAAGGACACGGACGUGAAGCCUGACACCUUUAUCGCCGACCUCGCGGUGGACGUGCCGCCCGGACAAUGCGACAAAGCGUACGCGUAUAUGAGCGACUUGAGCGAGUACGGGAUUGUGGUGUACAGCUGGGAGAAGGACGAUUCUUGGCGGAUUAAUCAUCACUACUUCCAUUUCGACCCGUUGAAUAGUGAUUACAACAUCAGCGGCUACAACUACCAGUGGAGCGACGGAGUCUUCGGGCUGUCGCUGUCGCCGGUCCGUUCGGACGGCUACCGGACGCUCUACUUCCACUCCAUGUCCGGCAUCACCGAGUUCUCCGUGUCGACGGAUGUUCUGCAGGACAGCACGCUGAGGAAAUCGAGCGAGUUUCACAAUUUCCGCGUGGUUGGUAACAAAGGAGCGCUCAGUCAAGGGCCGUCCUCCGUCAUCGAUCCGGAAACGUGUAUUGACUAUUUCACUCAGCCGAGCAGAAACGGUAUCGCAUGCUGGGAUACCAAAACCGAAUUAACUCCGGAAACAUUCAAAUUAGUGGCGCGGAACAACAAGACGCUGGUGUUCCCUCAAGAUGUGGUUCUCGACGACAUGUCUCGCAGGUUGUACGUUCUCUCGAACAACUUGCCGAAAUUCAUUCACGACAGCUACAAUCCGUCCGAGACGAAUUUCUACAUCACCUCGGCCGACCUCGACAGACUCACGUCCAUGUGCGAGAGCGGCUCGACAGAGUCGAUGAGAACGGAUCAGCAGGACGACUACAUGAUAUUUCCCAACGUGUCAUGACAUCAGGGACAACAGAAGUGAGCGAGAGAGGCGUGCGCUACAGACUGCGCUUCACAACUCUCGGCACUCUCGGCCUCAAGUGUUCUGUAUCCUAGUUUCGCUUCCUUGUUGCAGUUGCGACACUUGUUAAUGUAACGUGAUAAAUAUACUCGUGCGUUUCCCUUUUACAAAACACCUUUUCAA